AUGGGGUCCUACGUUUCGGUUCCCGACUGUCAGAGUCAUUACAACAUAACCCUCGACUGUAAUGUCGUGUUCACUGACAACACCAACACAUCCUUUCUUAGUUUAGGAGGCGUCACAAAAGGGAACUUCGAGUCAGACCCAGAUAUAGGAGGCGUGGGAAUACUCGGCGUCUUUAUAGCCGUCACGUCCUUUGCACUGGCCAUCAGCGUUCUCGAUGUGUUGUGGCAGAUUCGCAAAAUUCGUAUAUGGAACAAGGGUCGGCGCGCGUCGACCCAGACGGUAAAGCGUCCAACGAAUAUAAGUUGGUCCGAUGUGAUGGAGACGCUGGUGCAAGCUUGCAGCGACCAGCAGAUCUUCACAGCUGCCGCUUAUGCGCUGACCUUGCGUUACUGGCGGGGUUGCACCAUUUCCGCCUACCACUAUAACAUCGUCGCCAACCUAUUGUUACUCACAUGCGCCACUCAUCUUAUGAGCGUUACGAUUAUUCGAGAUUAUUGGAAACACCCCCUGCUGGCCUUUGUUAGGGUAAUAUGCGUCUCCGGCGUCUUCGUCGUAACGGGUGUGCUUAUGUCGAACCAAAACGCACAGUCAAAGCUGACGUUUCCCACGGCAUUGCCUCCCACCAACGAGACAAGCAGCCUCAUGUUCCUGCCGGCGGCAUGCUUCCAGAACUCAAGCUCUCACUUGAUGGACAUCUUUGCCGACUCAACCAGCAGCCCCAACCACUUCUUCGUCGACGCCAUCGGCCAGGAAACGCCCAAGAACAAGAUCCAGGGGUGGCGUUGGUACCUCAUAAUAUUAUUUUUCUAUGGAGCCGCUAUCAUUGCGGAGGCCAUCCGGUACUUGCGACGCGGCGGGAAGAGAGGGGGCUGGAGGAAACGGCUCGCUGAUCGUUUCAGGCCGCAUCUCGGUUCAGGUACUCUGCUCCGCAAAAUUUGCAAGUAUUUCUUUCUAUGGUACUUGAUUGCCGGGGUUGGCAUUAGUUGCGUGACCGUGGUAUUCACGGGCAAGUAUAUAUUCGAUCUGAGGAAAUGGGUCGACCACUCGGGCUGGAUCUUGUCAGAUAACAACCAGAAUCCCGAGAAUGACGCUACUUCAUUCGGGCAGCUGGUGCCCAUUUUCCUCAGUGCCUUGAUCGGGUUCAGUUUCCUCCAGAUACUCAGCGAGAAAGUCACCGACCACGGAACCCGCAAACACGCAGAAGACGACGAUGACAACAAGGCACCACAGAUUGGAACGAUUCAGUUCCUCGAUCCUUCAAGCUAUGAUUUCGGAAAGAUGGAAACAGCCUACUAUGGAGCGGCAGGACAUCAGAUCGCCACCCCUGGGACUAUGGAUCUGGAGUCUGCAGCACCUUGGCCAAACAACAAACACACCCAGGUGAAUAUAGCUUCAUGCUCGGACCCCAGUGUUGCUACAAACCACAGCGCUCCUGGCACUGGCGCCCAGAUCAACUCGCCAUUGCUAGGACACGAUACCGUCGUCUCGCCAGUGACAGCCCACCCCAACGGUACAACUGGGAUAGGCAUUGCUCAUAGUACCCCAGGAGCCAAUGGCUCGCCAAAACCAGGCUUGGCGUCAAGCACUCCAACACCAAACGCGUCUCCGACCCCAGACGCGAGUCCCAGGAUACCGAGAAUGGUCAGUAAUGAUUCUGCUCCUUUCGUGCGGCAGCAUGAGAGUGCCCAGUUUCGGCCGCAGAGUCUGCAGCACACAUCUUCGUCUUUCCCCGGGAUCCCGCAACGGUCGGCUCCAGCGAGUCGUCUUUCGGCUGGUUAG